AUGGCUGAUUCUAGCUCAUUUAUCCUUCCUCAAGAUAUUUCUCGGCUCACGAUAACUAGUUCCACUGCUACUGUUGUGCAUACAGGUAAUAGCGUUGCUGGUUUCACUCAAAGUUCAUCAUUUGGUCAUUGGAUUCUUGAUUCUAGUGCCUCUGAUCAUAUUUCUGGUAAUAAAUCUUUGUUUUUCUCUCUUUCUACCUCUGGUUAUUUGCCUGCUGUCACUAUGGCUAAUGGUUCUCAGGCUCAGUCUCAUGGGAUUGGAACAGAUCGAAAUUUGGGGAGAACAAUUGGUAGCGGAUUUGAGUCCAAUGGCCUUUACCUGCUCUCCAGCUCCUCUCAUGUUUAUUCUGUACCGUAUUCUUUCUUGUUUCCUCAUCAGUCUUUACAUUCAUUACCCCUUCGUAUUUUUGGUUCUACUUGUUUUGUCCAUGAACUCGGUCCCAAUCGUGACAAGUUGUCUGCCAAAUCCCACAAAUGUGUGUUCCUCGGUUACACCCGGACACAAAAAGGUUAUCGGUGUUACUCUCCUAGUCUCCAUCGCUCUUUUGUCUCGGCGGAUGUUACUUUCUUUGAGUCUGUGCCAUUUUUUGGCUCCACCUCCGUUCUCGAUGACUCUGUUGAUACUCAGUUACCUUUACUCUCUGUUCCAAUUCAAUAUGUUCCGGCACCAGAUUCUACACCACCACUGCCUGCACCAGAUUCCACACCACCACCGCCUAUUGUCACUUCUCCAUAUGUCCCAGCACCAGAUCCUCCUCUCCAGGUUUAUCAUCGUCGGCCACAUCCACCCAUACCCCAAGACAUUGAUAAGGUUCCUAUGGACUCAUAUCUGCCGUCAUCAACUCCUGCGGUUUCGGUCCUGCCCUUUGAAAUUGACCUACCCAUUCCUCUCCGAAAAGGUACUCGUAAUAUUCGUCCUCCACCCAGGUAUUCAAUAAAUAUGAGUUAUCAUCACCUUUCUCCAUCACUUUUUGCUUGUCUUUCUUCUUUGUCUUCUGUAUCUGUUCCUAAGACUACAAGUGAGGCAUUAUCCCAUCCCGGAUGGCGACAGGCUAUGAUUGACGAGAUGUGUGCACUUCAUGGCAGUGGUACUUGGGAUCUGGUUCCUCUUCUCUCUGGAAAAUCUGUUGUUGGAUGUAGAUGGAUAUUUACUGUCAAGGUUGGUCCUGAUGGACAAGUGGAUCAUCUCAAAGCACGUUUGGUGGCCAAGGGAUAUACUCAGGUGUUUGGUGAAGAUUAUGGAGAUACAUUUUCCCCUGUGGCAAAAAUGGCGUCUGUUCGCAUCUUUAUUACUAUGGCUGUUAUUCGUCAUUGGCCCCUUUAUCAAUUGGAUGUCAAAAAUGCUUUCCUCAAUGGUGAUGACCAUCAAGGCAUUACUCAGUUAAAACAACAUCUCAGUCAUCACUUUCAGACAAAGGAUCUUGGAAGACUACGAUAUUUCUUGGGAAUUGAAGUGGCUCAAUCCAAGGAUGGUAUUGUGAUAUCUCAGAGGAAAUAUGCUAUGGACAUUCUAGAGGAGACAACUUUGUUGAAUGCUAAGCCCGUCGAUACCCCCAUGGAUCCAAAUGUCAAGCUUAUGCCAAAUCAAGGGGAGCUAUUUUCAGAUCCAGAAAGUGUAGUAAGUCAGUUCUUGAAUUCUCCUCGUGAAGAUCAUUGGAAUGCAGUGAUCCGUAUCCUCAAGUACAUCAAGAAUGCUCCAGAGAUGGUGAAUGAGAAUUAUUCUUCAGAAGGCCAAGAUUCUUCAGUAAACCUUCCUCAAUCUUCUUCCACCAAAAAGAAGCAGGGAGGAUGGAGAGCAGUCAGAUAUAUUCUUGGGAACGAGACAUUCGAGAAGUUGGCUUCUAUGAGUUUGAUAGCCAACUUAGUGGUGUACCUGCAUACCCAAUACAACAUAGACACUUCAGUUUCAGCAGAGGUGUUCAACCUAUGGUCCGGUUUCACAAAUUUUCUGCCAUUAGUUGGUGCUUACGUAGCUGAUGCUUAUGUGGGAAAGUUUAAUACGCUCUUGGUUAGCAGUGUGGCAUCAUUUCUGGGUAUGGGAUUCAUAUCUCUAGGUGCUGGUAUACCAUCUUUAAGACCUCCAAGCUGCCCUACUCAUUCUGAUUGCACACAACCCAAUGGCACACAGCUUGCUGUUUUGUAUGUGGGGCUUGGAUUGUUUGCAGUAGGCUCUGGAGGCCUAAGACCCUGCAACAUUGCCUUUGGAGCUGAUCAAUUUGAUACCAAAACAGAAAAAGGGAGAGCUCAAUUAGAGAGCUUCUGUAAUUGGUGGUACUUUUUGUUCACAGUUGCCCUUUUGGUUGCUCUUACUUUAGUAGUGUACAUUCAGACAAAUAUAAGCUGGUUUCUGGGUUUUAUCAUUCCCACUGUGUGCUUUGCCUUCUCUCUAACCAUUUUCCUACUGGGACACAACACUUAUGUUUGCUUGAAGCCCAAAGGAAGCAUCAUGUGUGACUUGGUCAAAGUAAUUGUUGCUGCAUAUAGGAAACGCCAUGUUGAUUUGAAGAAAGAUUCUGGACUCUUAUUUUAUUAUCCACCACCUAGUUCUGAGUCAGAACCAAGGAUAACAAAGCUUGCUCACACCAAUAGGUUCAGUUUCUUUGAUAAAGCUUCUGUGAUUACAAACCCAAGUGAAAUUGACAACAGUGGAAAAUCCAUUGAUAGUUGGAGGUUAUGCAGUGUGCAACAAGUAGAAGAAUUGAAAUCCAUAUUAAAUACAUUACCUGUUUGGUUAGCAGGAAUUGUAUGCUUCCUCUCUAUGGGACAAGCAAACUCCUUUGGUAUACUUCAGGCAUUGCAAACAAACAAAUCGAUUGGACCCCAUUUCAGUGUUCCACCAGCUUGGAUGGGUCUAGUACCCAUGAUUGCUCUUUCCUUAUGGAUUUACCUUUAUGAGAAAAUCUAUGUCCCUUGGACUAAGAAAACAACCAAAAAGGGUAAGAGGUUGUCAAUUGAACAAAGAAUGUUGAUUGGAAUCCUGCUCUCCAUUGCCGGCAUGGCGGUUUCCGGCCUAGUAGAGGUGCGCCGCCGCGGCGAUGCAAUGAAACAUGACUCAUUUGAAUCACCAACAAGCAUUUGGUGGCUUGUGCCACAGUUUGCUUUAUCUGGGUUGGUUGAAGCCUUUGCUGCAAUUCCCAUGAUGGAGUUACUGACCUCAUACUGGCCUGAGAGCAUGAAAACAUUAGGAGGGGCUGUGUUUUUUCUCAGUUUAUCCAUUGCCAAUUACUUGAGCACCAUUCUUAUAAGGAUCAUAGUGGUAGUAACAACGAGACAUGGCAGAACACCGUGGUUAGGGGGCAAUGACUUGAAUAAGAAUAGGCUUGAGUACUUCUACUACACCAUUUUGGUUCUUGGAGUGUUGAAUUUAUUGUACUUUCAAUUCUUCGCUCGUCGUUAUUUAUACAGCGAGGUGCUCCAAAGACAGAGUAAAAAUGAAGCAGAAGAAGAAGAAAAUGGAUCAUCAAUCAUAGCAGCCUAA